AGAAAUUGCCAUCUGUGGUUGUUUGCGUAGCGAAUCACUCUUCUUUGAACAUUGAAAUUUUGUUCUACUACUCCUUUGUAUAUUAGUGAUACACAACUUUAAAUUGGUUGUAUUUGUAAAAAACUUAGUGUAAAAUAUUGUAUAUUUAAACUUAUAGAAAUGAAGUCAACCAUUAGAUCGGGUGUUAUUGGAAAGUUUAAGAAUCAAAGCAAAUUGUUGAUGAGUGGAGUUUCAUCAUCACCACUUGUUAUUGGUAACAAGAGAUUGAUCAACUCAACCAUGAAUAAUUUAAUGAUGGAAAAGAGGUCUUUUUCACAAUGUGCCAUUAAAUUUAACAAGCCAGAUUCCGAGAUUCCUGAUUCAUUCGAAGAAUCUUACAAAAUGUCCAUCGAUUUCAAAACUGGUGGUGCUGAAAAGUUCUGGGCUGCUCAGGCUGAUGAGUUGAGUUGGAUUACUCCAUACACAAGAGUACUCAACAAUGACAAUCCUCCAUUCACAAAGUGGUUUGAAGGAGGCACUAUUAAUGCAUGUUAUAACUGUUUGGAUGUUCAUGUUAAUAAUGGAAGAGGAGAUCGGGUUGCUGUAAUUUAUGACAGUCCUGUAUCAGCCAAAUACAAUAAUGGACAACCUGUUGUAAGAAAGAUCACCUAUUCUGAGCUUUUGAAAAAUGUUCAACUGCUUGCUAAUGUUAUGAAAACUAAAUUUGGUGUUAAGAAAGGUGACAGAGUAGUAAUCUAUAUGCCAAUGAUUCCCCAAGCCCUAGAGGCAAUGCUUGCCUGUCAAAGAUUGGGUGCUAUUCACUCUGUUGUUUUUGGUGGUUUUGCUAGUCAUGAACUGGCAAUUCGUAUUCAAGAUGCCACACCAAAACUGAUUAUUUCCUCAUCAUUUGGUCUUGAAGGAAUGAAUAAGACAAUUAAUUAUAAGGAAAUUAUUGACGAUGCCUUUGUAAAGUCUGGAGAAGCUGCUAAUGGAUUAAAGUCUCUUAUUUAUCAUAGAGAGAACUUACCAAAAGUCAAUCUCCAAGAAGGAAGAGAUUAUGAUUGGGAAACCUUAGUGAAUGCUAAGGAUAACAAACCAAUGAAGGAAGUUGAAGCUGUUUCUUCAACUGAUCCAAUGUAUCUUCUCUACACAAGUGGAAGUACAGGUAAGCCAAAGGGAGUCGUUCGUCCACUUGCUGCUCACUUGACAACUCUGAAAUGGAGUAUGAAAUCAGUUUUUGGAAUUGAGGAAAACGAUGUCAUGUGUGCGAUUAGUGACAUAGGAUGGGUAGUAGGCCAUAGCUAUAUUGUCUAUGCUCCUUUAUUGAAAGGUUGUACCACUGUCAUGUUUGAAGGCAAACCAAUUGGUACACCAGAUUCUUCUGCCAUUUGGAAACUCGUAUCUCAACACAAGGCCAACGUCGUCUUUUUUGCCCCAACAGCUGCUCGUGCCAUUAAGAAGGAAGAUUUGAAUGGAGAUCACAUUCGUAAUAAUGAUCUGAGUAGUUUGAGAGCAUUGUUUGUAGCUGGUGAAAGAUGUGACACAAGUACCUUGUUUUGGUUACAAGAACACUUAAAGAGACCAGUCAUUGAUAACUAUUGGCAAACAGAAACUGGUAGUCCAAUUUGCUCUGUUUCACUUGGUUAUCAAAAGGAUUAUUCAAAGAUUAAGGUAGCUCCAGGCUCUUGUAACAAACCAGUACAUGGAUGGAAUAUUAAGAUUCUUCCAAUUGAACAAGCAGACCAAGAAUUGGAUACUAAUCAACUCUCUGAACUUGCUGAACAUAAUGAGGGUUAUAUUGUUGCCAAGUGUCCACUUCCUCCAGGAUUCAUGUCAACAGUUUGGGGUAAUAAUGAUAGAUUUGUUGAUGGAUACUUCAAGACAUUUGCUAAAUAUUAUAAGGCAGGUGAUGCUGGACAUAUGGAUAAAGAUGGAAAUGUCUAUGUCAUGACAAGAACUGAUGAUAUUAUCAAUGUUGCUGCACACAGACUUUCUACUGCAGAAAUGGAAGAAUUAUUACUUAGACUUCCAGAAGUUGCUGAAGCAGCUGUAAUUGGUAUUAAGGAUGAAUUGAAAGGGCAAAUUCCUAUUGGUUUUGUCGUUCUCAAUGAAAAAUUCAAACAUGUUCCAAGAGUUGAAAUUGAAAAAAGAUGUGUUGAAACCAUUCGUAAGAAUAUUGGUGCAGUUGCUGUUUUCAAAAUCGUCAUGAUUUGUGAAAAGUUGCCAAAGACUCGUUCUGGUAAGAUUUUAAGAGGAAUAAUGAGACACAUUGCCGACGGAGAGAAGUAUGUAUUCCCAUCAACCAUUGAAGAUGCUACUGUUCUUACUGAUAUUGAAAGAGUUUUGGCUGAACAUAAUCUUCCAGCUCCAUCUAAUUAAAUAAAUUCUAAUAAUCAAAAUAUUUGAAUAUUCGAUUGACCAUUCAACGAUUAACUUGAUCAAAAAAUAAUAUUAAAUUAAUUGGCGUUUUGGAU